AUGUCUCUCGUCUCCUAUGGCAAGUCCCUCAGCUUACCUACACCCAGGCUAUUCCUCCUUGCCUAUGAUACGACGACUGAACGGAUCUGCUUGAUUGUGAUAGAUAUCGGCAACCUCGCCAAAUGGAGCGUAUCCAGCCGCAAAUUCGGGUUCGGCUUGCAACACUUGCGUGAUGGCAACGAAGAGACUUUCUGGCAAUCAGAAGGUCCUCAGCCGCACAACAUCGACCUAGCUUUCCCCCGUAAAGUCUACAUCUCCUCGGUCCACAUCUGCCUCUCACACUCGAACGACGAUUCAUACACCCCUGAGCGGAUCGGGAUCUUGUUGGGGACGAGCCAUUACGACCUUGUCGAGGUCCGCUCGCUCCACCUCGAUAAACCGGACGGGUGGGGGAUCUACGCGUUGCGCACUGUUAACCGACAGAUCGGCGAGGGGGCGGAUGCGAUCGUCGAAAAGGAAGAAGGUCCACCCAUGCCGGCGUUCCAUGUUCGAGUCCAGAUCGUCGGUAAUCACCUGAAUGGCAAAGACACGCAUGUCCGUGGGAUCAGGGUGUUUGGGGUACCUGGGUGA